AUGGAUCAGAGCAGGACGGGUCAUCUAGUGCAACUUCCUCAUUUUGCAGAUCUCCCCAUCCACAAGGAAUCCUAUGCCAUCCCACCUGUCAACAUAAAGGACAGUGGGGGAUGUCAGCGUGGGACAGAACACACUGUUCUCAGCAACUCUAUGAAACUACAGGUCUCUCAUGACCGGCUGCUACUACAAGCAGAGAGAUCAGAAUUCAUGGAAGGUGACACUAUGAUCCUGAGGUACCACAGCUGGAAGAGCAAACGACUGCACAAAGUCACAUACGACUAUAAUGACAAAGCCUUAAAGUUUGACAAUCAGACUUUCAACUGUACUGUCUUUCAAGUGAACCAUGCUCAUAAUGGAUCCUACCAUGAAAUAUUGCCAUCUAUCCGAAACUAUAGUAAUCAGUGUCAAAGGAGGGAAGCUGAGCACUGUGAACAUGGUUAUGAUAACAUUCGUCCUGGCGGUUGCGAUUGCUGUAACUGCUGCUGCCGCCACCCUGUGUUACUACAAGCAACACAAGGAGCCAGCCAACACCCCCGAUGAGAGAGAAGUACUAAGGUGGGGAUUUCGGCAUCUUAUUCAUCUGUGAAGUACGCAGGUGUCAAGAUAUGGAGGCACCCAGUUUUCCAGAGCUAAGAACUGGGAAGUAAGCGGAGCCCUGACCUGGAAAUAACAACAGUCUUUUGUGCUCACCCUCCAGAUGAUCUCACCCUCUGGCAAAAUCACAUAAUUAUUGUAUUGCUUGGACCAGCAUCAGAUGUUCCCUGAGCUCAGACAAGUUGUAAUCCUGAAGCCCUACUAUGAAGCAAACUUGUCACAUUGUUAUUGUUACCCCUCUUUGCCAGGGAUACAACUGCCUGCACAGCCACUGGUAUAAAGUGUUGAGAUUUGGCCACUAAAGCAGGUUCCCCCAGCCCUCCCCCCCACCC